UAUUUUCGCGCACUUUUACAUCUCAGCUCGACACGUAAAGUCGCAUUGAGAUUAAAAUUAGCAACUCGCUUCUCGCCUUUUUCCGUACCUCUACAAUAUUUCAAACGUUCCAACAUGCGUGAGUGUAUCUCUAUCCAUGUCGGACAAGCUGGUGUCCAGAUGGGCAAUGCCUGUUGGGAACUGUAUUGCCUGGAACACGGCAUUCAGCCUGAUGGCCAGAUGCCCUCAGACAAGACAGUUGGAGGAGGUGAUGACUCCUUCAACACCUUUUUCAGUGAGACUGGAGCAGGCAAGCACGUGCCGAGAGCAGUGUUUGUUGACCUUGAACCAACAGUUGUGGAUGAGGUUCGUACUGGCACAUAUCGUCAGCUGUUCCACCCAGAGCAACUGAUUACAGGCAAAGAAGAUGCUGCCAACAAUUAUGCCCGUGGUCACUACACUGUGGGCAAGGAGCUAAUUGACAUGGUGCUGGAUCGCAUCCGCAAACUUGCCGACCAGUGCACAGGCCUCCAGGGCUUCCUCAUUUUCCACAGUUUUGGCGGUGGCACUGGGUCGGGCUUCACUUCCCUUCUCAUGGAGAGGCUCUCUGUGGAUUAUGGCAAGAAGUCCAAACUGGAGUUUUCUGUCUAUCCAGCCCCUCAGGUUUCCACAGCUGUGGUAGAGCCAUACAACUCAAUCCUCACCACUCACACCACUCUGGAGCACUCUGACUGUGCCUUUAUGGUUGACAACGAGGCUAUUUAUGACAUCUGUCGCCGUAACCUGGACAUUGAGCGGCCGACCUACACAAACCUCAAUCGUUUGAUUGGUCAAAUCGUGUCGUCCAUCACUGCUUCACUGAGAUUUGAUGGGGCUUUGAAUGUGGAUCUCACGGAGUUCCAAACCAACUUGGUGCCAUACCCACGUAUCCACUUCCCUCUGGCUACCUACGCUCCCGUCAUUUCUGCAGAAAAGGCAUACCAUGAACAGCUGUCUGUUGGAGAAAUUACGAACUCCUGCUUCGAGCCAGCCAAUCAGAUGGUGAAGUGUGAUCCCCGUCAUGGCAAGUACAUGGCCUGUUGUAUGCUGUACCGUGGGGAUGUGGUGCCCAAAGAUGUCAACGCUGCCAUUGCUACCAUCAAGACCAAGAGAACUAUUCAGUUUGUGGACUGGUGUCCAACUGGCUUCAAGGUUGGCAUCAACUACCAGCCCCCCACUGUGGUCCCCGGAGGUGACCUGGCCAAGGUACAGCGUGCUGUGUGCAUGUUGAGCAACACCACGGCCAUUGCUGAGGCCUGGGCCAGACUGGACCAUAAGUUUGAUCUCAUGUAUGCCAAGAGAGCUUUUGUGCACUGGUGAGUAUUUGUUCCACUCUAUCCU